UUUCUGUAAAAUUUCACUACUUGUCGCCUUCUUCACAAGGAAAAUCUUGGCCAUAGAUUCCUGAUCCUCUCUCUGACUAGACGAUUAGGAGAGUUUUUCAUUUUCAUGGGGUUUUCGUUUCUUCUAUAUAUAUCAUCUAUCUCAUCUUAGUUUCACUCUUUUGCUAUUUAGGCCUGCAAAAAAGAGGGGUUUUAGGGAGGGAGAGAUAGAGACCGACACAAAGGGGAAGAAGACCUGAUUUUAUGUCGGCAACUUCAUUGGCUGUGAUUGGGGCUCCAUUGAAGCUCUCUAUUUCUUUCGCUUUGUUCAUCUCUUCCUAUCUCUGCUGUUUUGCUCAGCAGAGUUUCAGUUUUUGUUUUCCGACUGUUUCGAUGCGUUUGAGGCCUAAAAGGACUUGUUCUGGAGUCGAGUGUUUUGGUGGUUUUCACAUAAAUAGGUUAUUCGAUCUUUUCUUGUUCUUGAGAGGGCCUUUCACAUAAACCCUAGCCAGUUUUGGAUAAAUUUUGCCGUUUUUUAUUUUCUUUUUAAGACUUGUGUUUUUUGGGUAUGUUUUGAGGCUGGUAGAGCUGCCGGAGUUUUGAGAUUAACCGCCGUCGAUGAAUCACGAGAGUCCUUGCAGUAAGAAAUCGAGAAGCAGGGCGAUGUUUAUGGAUCCAAACAAACCAUUAAGGAGAAUCCGGGUCAUCUGUUACGACCCCGAUUUGACUGAUUCAUCAGACGACGAUGAACCCAACAAAAAACCCUAUGGGUCUAAGCGGAUUGUGCGAGAAAUCACGAUUCCGGUGGGACAUGGUGGCGUUCCGGUGGCUGCCGGUGGCUGGACGGAGACAGGAACGACUAAAGAAACGGAGACCGAGAGUUCAUGUCAAGAUAGCAACAACGGUGAAAAAAGUUCCGGGAAGAGGAAGAGGGUUUUGACCAGAAACUCCGGUCAACCCAGGCCUGCAUCCGCUUCGAAAUAUAGAGGUGUUCGGCAACGGAAAUGGGGAAAAUGGGCUGCGGAAAUCCGUGACCCGUUUAAGCAGAGACGGGUAUGGCUGGGGACAUACAAUACUGCUGAAGAAGCUUCUAGAGCUUACGAAAUCAAAAAACUCGAAUUUGAAGCCAUGGCUGAAGCCUCAAAGGGUGGUUCCAACAACGUCAAGAACACCACCGGAAAAACCAUUUCCUCCGCCGCCGUUUCUCAACCUCCAAAACCUGCAGUUUCCGAGGAAUCAGUUGGCGUGAUUUCCCACAACUCACCAUUAUCAGUUCUCGAGCCAGAAACGUCCUCCAUUUCCAAAAAAAUAAACGAUUCCACCGCAGCUUCUCAAACCAGCAAUGGUGAAACCAAAAUCGAAGCUCCGUCCACUGUAAUGUCUUCUGUCGUGGAAGAAGCUUUGACUCUCGCGGAAAUUGGUGAAGGGUUAGAUAUGAAAUUGGAGCUGGAUUCGAUGUUCUUGGACGAUUUUGGUCCACCAUUGGACGGAUUUGGUGAUCUUGAUGAUUUCCAGUUUUGUGGAUUUGAAGACGAGGAAGCUUGUGAAUUACCAGAUUGGGAUUUCGAGGAGUUGAACCCAGAAGAGGUGGCGUGGAUGAACACAUUGAGGGUGGAUGAGCAGCAGCAGCCUCUUAAUAUCGCAUGCCUAUGAAUUUUGCAGUAAUUAGAUGAGUGUUCUUGAAGAACGACAAUGGUUUUGUUUAAUUUUACGAGUCCUUUUUCUUUAUGUUGGAAGAGUCCUUUGGGUUUUCUUGAGCUAUUAGAGCCGUCCAAAGGGGUGUUUUGAGCCCACCUGCAAAUGUUUGAUUUGAACACAAGUUUCUUGCUUCUUA